UUUAGGAGCUUUGGCUACCUCACUCCUGUCAAAAGGAAAAUCUCCAAACUUGAGAGCCAGUACUAAAUAAUUGGCACACCCACCCCUCCAGUGAUCCACCAUCCGGCACGGAAGAGGAGGUAGCGGCGGAGAGAGAGAAUGGAGGCAGUGUACUUGGUGGGUUCCAUUGCCUCCACCACCGUGACCUCCUGCCUCCUCUCCCUCUCCCUCGCCGUCCGUUCCCUCCUCUUCCGCGCCCUCGCAUCUCCCGCUCGCAACCCAGGCGGUAGCGAACCAAGUACAAACGGCGGCGGCGGCGGCGAUGGAGACAUCCCCGCCGUCCGGCUCUACGAGGGGCGCGUGCGGCAUGCGCGGAGGCGCCCCGUCCCCCAUGACUUCGAGUACCCCGUCCGCUACGCACUCAUCGACCUCGACCGCGCCCCACCCCAGCUCCGCCCCUCUCACCUCUCCGCCGAUCGUGCCCGCGAGGUCGCCGCCACCAACGGGCCCGUUCUUCUCCUGACUAUACCAGCGAGUGUGGGAUACGAGCAGAACCCUCUCAGCGUUUAUUACUGCUAUGAUGCCGCUGGAGAACAAGAACAAGAAGGAGAUGUGUCUUCUUCUCGCCUCAGGAUGUGCAUCGCAGAGGUGACGAACACGCCGUGGGGGGAGAGAGUGUUGUUUGUGUUCAACCCAGGCUCCGAUUUGGUUGCUAAGCCCCUGCAUGUCAGCCCAUUCAUGGAUAUGCUGGGAAAUUGGAGUAUGCAUGCUGAUGCACCUGGAGAGGAUCUUUCCAUUGCAAUCUCAGUUGAACACCCCACACUUGGAAACUAUUUCACUGCUACUUUGCAUGCCAAGCAAGUCUACUCUUCAUCUAGUUCACUAAACUUGGCAACAUUUUUCUGGAUGAUGCCCCAUAAGGUUGCAAUCUGGAUAUACUGGCAGGCCCUCAAGCUUUGGUGGAAAAAUGUCCCUUUCUUGCAACAUCCCAAGUACAUAAAUCCUAUGUACAGAGAUGAUGCUCUAAUACGAGAUCAGGAGCUCCGCUGCUGUCCCAGCAUUGGAGGGAGCAAGAACCAUUCAAUUCAUACAAGCGAUGAAGACAAUAAAUAUAGAUGGCGUGUAUUCAGUUGGUCUUCAUGAUGCCAGCUUAUCUCUGUAUCGCCAGCUCAUUUGUUUGUGCUGACUAUAUUAUGUUUUUUCAUGUACAUCUUCCACAAAUUGCUGGGAUAUAUCCUUGUCUGAAACUCCUCGCAUCUGACUGUCCCAUUUAUCUAGUGAAACAAUGGUGGUUGUAACGGACACCUGGUUUUGACUCCACAAAACCUAUGGUGCCUUUCAACCCUUAUUUUUUAUAGGAAAAAGAAAAUUGUGUAUACGUUAAUUGUUGCUUACAAAUCGCAUGCGACAUUGUAUAUUAUGGAGGUCGAUAAACCCAGUGUUUCAGUUUAUCUGUUUUGAUUUUGGCCAUCCUAUUUGUAGACUUUUUUAAUUUUUUUUCAAUUAGUAAUGUAUUAGGUAACUCUUGUAUUACUUGUGUGCUGAAGCAAAUAAACAAUCAUGAAAUUCUCUUCA